AUGCUAGCCCAACGUCAAAUUACUUCUAAAUUGCCAUUAUUAGCUAAAUCUGUUACCACUCACUCCGUUUCAAUCACUUCUUUCAAGCGAUUCAAUCAAACAGUCUCCAAUUCUGAUCCUGUCCCAGUCGAUCCAAAGAUCUCUAAAAUAGUAAAUGAUAUUUCCAGCUUAACUUUGCUAGAAACUUCUUCUUUAAUCCAAGAAUUGAAAUCCAAGUUAAACAUUCCUGAUAUUUCCUUCCCAACCGCAGGUGCUGCUGUUCCAAGUGCAAAUGCUGCCACUCCUCAAGCUGCUGCUGAAGAAGAAGCUCCAAAGGAAGAAAAAACCAUCUUCUCAGUGAAACUUGAAAGUUUUGAUGCCAAAACAAAAGCUAAGGUUAUUAAGGAAGUAAAGACCCUAUUAGGCUUAUCGUUAGUCGAAGCCAAGAAGUUUGUUGAGGCUGCACCAAAGAUCCUAAAGGAAAACGUUUCCAAAGAAGAUGCUGAAAAGGUCAAAAAGACUUUGGAAGGCUUUGGUGCUAAAGUCACUUUAGAAUGA